AAAUCAGAAAAAACCCCAAACGACUCAAAAUCUAGAUCAGUUUUUCUUGAAUAUCUCCAAAAAUAAUAGAGAUAUCAAAAUUUUCGUCAGAUAAUUUUUUGUAGCUCUUAAAAUUUCCCACAAAAAAUGUUUUAUCAAAAAUUUUGCCACCUCCCUUCAAUCUCGAGAUAUUUCCCUAAAACAAAUCUCCCAGUAAAAGAGAAAGAAAAAAAAAUUAUUUGAACAAUUCCCUGGGCUUUUGGGUUGAUUAGCAUUAAUUAACAAGUUUUGUUGAUUAAUGUUGUGGACAUUAAUGAGCCCUGGAGUGCAGAAACGAUGACAAAGGCCCAGAGGAUUUAAAAAAGCACAAAAUCACCAGAUGUUGGAGUUAAAUCCCCAGGAUUACGGAUUUGCCAUUCCUAUAAUAACCGACGCCUCUCCAAUAGUUCUAUUUAUUUACUCCCCUUCACUCUGCGGACAACAACCGAUUUCCACUCAACAACUCGGUUCAGUAGCUCCCGCUCCUCACCGAGGAAGAAACAUGCGUUCCAUCGUGAAACUCUAUCUGUCGGUGACGGACUUUGUCAGGGGACGACAUCCACCAGAAUGUGACAAGAUGGUCAAUGAGACCAGCCGACUACUGGAUACUCCCGUUUUUGUGGAUCUGGGGGGUGGAAAGUGCCUCAGAACUGACAUAAUUGGGGACUACGACUACUACGCGGCGAAUCCCCUCUGGAUAAAAAUCCGUCUCCUCUUAUUCUGGAUAUUCUGGGCAGCUCUGAUACUGGUGAUAAUCCUCUCAGUCUCCACGUACUUCUGCCUAGCCCCCAGCCUCUGCAGUCCCACGUCGAGGCCGACAAUCUGAUCGUCUCCACCCCCUCUGCCUGGACUCAACUAUUUAUUCUCCUAUUUAAUAAAACCAAUAGUCUUCUAAUCGAGAUGAAGGACUCGUGGGGAGUGCGUCACUCCCGUCGACUGAUAACGAGUCAUAGCUGUGAAAAUAUUUGCCACUGAGAACAUACCGAUACGAUUAUCGUUCGGCACAUUGCGCACGUCUUUGUCCAAUUUUUUAUAAUGAAGAGAGAGCUAUUAAUAUUCUGUGUGCCAACAAAAAAUUGAACACUUGCGAUUGAGGAUAUCAGUAAUUUAUUCUGAAGAAACGGAGUGUGGAUAAAUGUGUAUUAGUGGGGAAAACAGUAUCAAUAAGCUCGUUAAAGCAUUUUUUUAUUCCAUUUUGUUGUCAUUUUUAGGAUGAAUAAAUUUCAUUUUUUUAGGAA